GUACUUCGUUGGCUUAAAACCUGAAGAGAAUCAUCUCCAUAUUAACCACAAUAAUUCAUACUUUGAAAAUGGUUGUUGAAAUAACUUACCCUAGUAUUGAACGUCCAUUUGGUCUUUACUUAUGGCCAAUUUUCAACAAGGUAUUUGAAGGCGUUAUCGGAUACCCUGCUGAUGAUUUUGAAUUUAUUCAUCAUCAAACAUUUUUGGCAAACGGUUGGCAUGCCAUCGGGAUCAUAAUCGCCUAUUACAUCGUCAUCUUUGGCGGAAGAUAUGUGAUGACCACUUUCAAGGUCCCAGCAUUGAAAUUAAACUUUUUGUUUCAAUUACACAAUAUUGUCUUAACUUUGUUAUCCUUAAGUUUGUUGUUAUUAUGUAUUGAACAAUUAGUUCCUAUCUUGUAUCACCAUGGUUUAUUUUAUGCUAUUUGUCACAAGAACGCAUUUGCUCCUAAAUUGGUUACCUUGUACUACUUGAACUACUUAACUAAGUAUCUUGAAUUGAUCGACACUGUUUUCCUUGUCUUGAAGAAGAAGAAGUUAUUGUUUUUGCACACCUACCACCACGGUGCCACCGCUUUGUUAUGUUACACCCAAUUAACUGGAUCCACCUCUGUUGAAUGGGUUCCAAUCACUCUUAACUUGGCUGUGCACGUUGUCAUGUACUGGUACUAUUUCUUGAGUGCCAGAGGAAUCAGAGUUUGGUGGAAGGAAUGGGUCACCAGAUUCCAAAUCAUUCAAUUCUUGAUUGAUUUGGUUUUCGUUUAUUUCGCCACCUACACUCACUACGUUUACAAGUACUUCCCAAGCUUACCUCACAUGGGAGACUGUUAUGGUAGUGAAGUGGCUGCUGCUUACGGUUACUUGAUCUUAACCAGUUACUUGGCCUUAUUUAUUAGCUUCUACAUUAAAGUUUACAAGUCAGCUGGUAAGAAGAAGGCUGCUGUUGCUGCUUCUGAAGAAAAGGCUGCCUCUGCAACCACCACUUCUGCCGCUACCGCUGGUGAAUCCAAGGUUAGAGCCAGAAAAGCUUAAAAAUAGGAGUAAAAAUUGAGCAUAAUCAAUGUGGUCUUGGCGCGCAUUGAAUGUUCCCGCUAAUGAUAAAAUAGUAUAUAAGCAUUAAUACAUAAUAAUUUCAU